AUGGAGACAAUGGGAAUAAAGUUCGCUCCAAUUAACACACCAUUUAAAAGGCGUGUUGAAACAUUCUGUGCAUUUUUGUGGAUUGUUACAUUCGCAUUUGGAAAUUUUAUAUGUUAUUGGCUUGCCGCUUAUUUAAUUUUCUUUUCAAGUUAUUGGCCAUAUGUGCUCCUCUACUUAGCUUGGCAAUAUUAUGAUCGAGAAACUCCAUACAAAGGUGGGAGAAGAUUUACAUUUUUGCAAAAACUGCCUUUUUGGAAGUACUUUAAUGAUUAUUUUCCGAUAAGUCUUGAAAAAACUGCAGAAUUGCCUACCGAUAAAAACUACCUAUUCUGCUGCCACCCUCAUGGCAUUCUUUGUGCUGGUAUGUUCGGGAACUUCGGGAGUGGUUAUUCCAAAGUCAAAUCUCUCUACCCGGGAUUGAAUGUGUUGUCUGCCACCAUAGACCUCCACUUCAGGAGUCCAUUUUUCAGAGAAUACGUCCUUGGUUUAGGAGCUGUUUCAGCUGCGAAAGAAAGUAUUGUGUACUUGAUGGACGAUAAAAAGAAAGGAAAUGUUUUAGCAUUGGCAGUAGGUGGAGCUGCAGAAUCAUUUUACGCUAAACCUGGUUCAUACAAAUUAAUAUUGAAGAAGAGGAAAGGUUUUGUCAAAAUUGCAUUACAAACUGGGUGUUCACUUGUGCCUGUAUUUUCGUUUGGCGAAACCGAAUUGUACGAUCAAGUCCCAAACCCACCUGGCUCUCUGCUGAAUAGAAUCCAGACCUGGAUGAAGGAUCUUAUCGGAUUUGCACCUAUAGUUCUUAAAGGAAGAGGACUUAUUCAAUAUUCAUUCGGUAUUGUACCAAUGAGGACACCUAUAACAACUGUUGUUGGGAAGCCAAUAGAUAUACCGAAAACUGCUGAACCAUCAGACGAGAUUAUUCAAAAAUACCAUGCGGUAUACAUUGAUGAACUUGUGAAGCUUUUUAAUGAGCACAAAACAAAAUAUCUAAAAGAUUCUGAGAAUAUAAGCCUGGUCAUCGAAUAG